ACCGUGCUUUGCGAGAAGCGGACUUUUGAAUUGGAACAGUACUUGGGCCGCGACUGGUGACGUUUCACAAGUCCACAGAACACAAGUACGGACAAGAACGCAUAUUGAGAAACGGCCAAAAUCAAACCCACACUGAUGACGACACCAGCGAUAACCCGGAUAAGAAGCAGGCAGCCCGUGACCCCUCCUCGGUGUGUACGUAAGGAGGGCAGCAAUGACGGAACAGAGGUGUGAUUGUUCCGCUUCGCCCCCCACACCAGCGAGCUCCCGGCCCGCGUCAGCGCGUUAACGAGGAGAAGAAAGAGCGCAGUCAAGCGGCCCGACUAACGGAAUGUCGGUGCGGCGCUCGGUUAUUCGGGAGACUUUGACAGACCGCCGGUGCUGAACGGGCAGCCAAGCUAAUCGAAAUUAGCCCCCGUGCGUCAGGGGUUCCGCGAGGCUGCGGCCGCUCGCUCCAUGACUGUCGACGUGCUCUUCAGAAACAGGGACGCCAGGUGCGAAGCGGCGAGUGAACGCGCGAGCUGCCUGCUGCUGUGACGGCCACGUCGGCUGACGUGAGCGUAUCGCCGCAGCUAUCUCUGCUCGGUCGUUUUUGCGAGCACUUCUGUCCUCGGGUUUUUGUUUUUUUUGUCAUAUUAUCCAUAAAAAACUUCUAAAGGGGUGUCUCCGAUGGCUCCGAUGGGUGUCCGACUGUCUCCGCUCGGCGUGGCGGUGUUCUGCCUCCUUGGAGUCGGCGUCAUCUACCACCUGUACUCGGGGGUCAUCUCAAGCCGCUGGGCCGCUUUCAGACAGGGGAGCAAAGUGGAUCUGAGGGACCUGCUGGCGGUCUCGGUGGAGGCCGCGGUGCUCGGAGGCACAGAGGUGAAGAAGGUGCGCGAUGAAAACGGCCUGAAGGAGAAGUCGAAGGGCAAGACGAGGGAGGGAGUCGAUGAGCUUCUAACCAUGGGUGACCUGCAGUCUCAUAGAAAGAUGUUUAACCUCAUCAGCAACACCUUCCCCGAUGUCACGGUGAACAGCGAGGAGCAUGACAACAUGGUGGACAAGGCCGCGUCCUGGAGCCGGGACAUUCCCGCCGACAUACUGGACAAGAUCGAGGGGGGCAAGAUCGUCCCCGCCGAGAGCGUCACCGUGUGGAUCGACCCUCUGGACGCCACACAGGAGUACACAGAGAAUCUGGUGAAGUAUGUGACCACAAUGGUGUGUGUGGCCGUAGAUGGUAAACCAGUCAUUGGGGUCAUACACCAGCCGUUCACUGACUUCACUGCCUGGGCGUUUGUAGGUCAGGGGUCCAACAUGAGUCCCCGUGCGUCCUACAGUGACAGCCCUCCGAAGGCGAUUGUAUCACGGUCCCACUCCGGGAAAGUUAAAGGCUUUGUUCAGGAUGCUUUUGGAAAUGGCACAACCAUCAUAGAAGCAGGUGGAGCAGGGUAUAAAGUCCUGUCACUUCUGGACAUGCCUUCCAGUGAAACCGGUUCUAUGGACCAAGCAGACGUUUACAUCCACGUCACCUUUAUUAAGAAAUGGGACAUCUGCGCUGGUGCUGCAUUACUCAAUGCACUGGGGGGCCACAUGACGACGCUAAAGGGAGAGGCCAUUGACUACAGUGGAGCGCCGCUCAACAAGGGAGGCCUGGUGGCCAGCGUUGGUGUGGACCACCCGGCCUUACUGGAGAGACUGCCCAACUUGGAUCCUGAGAAGCACUGAGACGCAUAAGGACAGAGCCAUUGGCAGUUCAGUCAGGUUGUGGAAAGGCAACAUGUGGCAGCGCCUGGGACUGGGACCAUUUCACCAAACAUCUCCCGAUCGGAUGGGUUGGAGUCACCGUCGCGGGCCACCGAGCAGGACUGUGCGGGAACCAACAUGGCUGCUGCUAGACACUGCAAUGGCUGAACCAAUGGCUCUGAACUCGCACUCCUGGACAUGCAACUAUAUUUGCAGCUGGGAGAAACGGUACCCCUUCCUCUCCACAUGCACACAAACACAGGCUCAGAGAGAGCACCGGAGUCCCUUACCCCUCACGACUCUGUCAGACCGAGCAGCACAAAGCGGGACGUUACAGCGGAACCCAUGAAGGGCCUGACGGGACUUUAAGACAUCGACAUCACGCGAGAGUCCAGUGAAAACGCAGGAUGAAGGGCGGGGUAGCAUUAAGGUCACAUCGGCUGGUUCAGUUUGUGAAACCACCAGGGUAGCUUGUGAUAACAACCCCUUUGUUCACCAGCAUCGGUACACCGCAAUAGUCCACCUCACAGUCUUACAGUGCUUCAACAGCUACAGCUGCUUCAAAGUUGUCAUGUGAGAAGGAGCAUUUCAACUUUGGACUGACGGAGAACACUGACUUACAUUUACCAAGUCGCCGCGGUUUCUGUUAAUUGGACUUGUGCACACGGCCUCUCAGCCUCUGGUGCAAGAGGACCCAGCUAGUGUAUUUUGUUUUUCAAACAUUGAUCUUCACUUCAAGAAAAUGUAUUUCAGAAAAUCUAAUUUUGGACUGGGCAUUGUGGAGUAUAUCAAAUCUGUCUUCAGUGACAACCACACAUUGGAUGUUAGUUAGUUGACAUAUUAGCCUGAGAGGGUUUACAAAAAGGUCAACUCCUAAAAAUGUAUGAAUUAGGCCAACUCAAAACGAUAGUGAAUCAAUUAGAUUUACUCUAGAUUUUUCUCAUUUUUUUUAUCCUUAAAAAUUAAAAAAUUUCGUGUGUGUAUUUCCCACAAACAUA